CAAAAAAAAAGAAAAAAAAAAAUACACAGAAUCGGUUUUAUAGAGUUCUAAGUGGGCUGUGGCGGGACGUGUUGUUGAAAAAAGUAAACGACCAACGGCCCUGUGGGGUAGGGAGUUAAAGUAAUGGCCGGCGACAUGUCCAUUGGUUGUGCAGCUUUGAAAAGGUCCAGCAAACUGAGGUCCUGCACCAGUGGCGGCGACACGGACUCGAUGCACAUUGGCAACGAUCGCAUGGACAAUGGCAGCGUAAAACAAGCCCCAGCACCGCCCCAGAACAUGAGAGGAGGCCUCCGGGUGUACAAGAUAGUCAUCCUCGGGGAUGGCGGUGUCGGAAAGUCCGCUGUUACCUUACAGUUCGUGAGCCACAGCUUCUUGGACUACCACGACCCGACCAUUGAGGACUCGUACCAGCAACAGGCAGUCAUAGACAACGAGGCCGCCCUGCUCGACAUACUCGACACUGCCGGCCAGGUCGAGUUCACGGCCAUGCGGGACCAAUACAUGCGCUGUGGGGAAGGUUUCAUCAUCUGCUACUCGGUCACCGACCGCCACAGCUUCCAGGAGGCAUCGGAGUACCGCAAACUAAUCACCCGGGUGCGUCUGUCCGAGGAGAUACCACUGGUGCUGAUUGCCAACAAGGUGGAUCUGGAAUCUCAGCGUCGUGUCACCACCGAGGAGGGCAAGAAUCUGGCCAAUCAGUUCGGCUGUCCGUUCUUUGAGACGUCCGCGGCACUACGCCACUACAUCGACGAAGCGUUCUACACACUCGUCCGUGAGAUCCGUCGCAAGGAGCUGCAGAAGGGCACAGACAGCAGCUCCGAGAAGAUCCACACGCGCCACCGCAGCCGCUGGUGGCGCAUACGCUCCAUAUUCGCCUUGGUAUUCCGUCGUCGACGCAACUUGAACUAGACUGGGGUAUAAAUCUAGACAAGGCGCUGCAGCUGGAGCCAGAAGAGUGCGCGCGCUAACAAUUUCUUUGAAUCAGUGCAAUAUUAACCAAGUCGUUGCACAUAUACGAGUAACAUAUUUUUUUUUGUGUUUGGUUUGCUAUAUACACGGAUUGUAUAUAGCUUAACCAAUCAGCAGAUCAAAUCCUAUAUAGAUAUCUACGAUUAUUUGUAAUUGAUCGACGUUCCCAAAGGCAGAGGCAAAACCACAAGAAUUUACCAAUCGAGAGAUGGAAGAAACUACAUAAUUAUUGUUAUGGCCACACCAGGAGAGGAAGGAUAGGGUUGGUCGGUCAGUCGUUUAUUUAUUAUUUGUUACAAACUAUUUAAUGUAUUUGUUGUUGGCCAGACAAGCAAAGAUAGGCGCAGCGAGCGAAGGUAGACGAUAGAGUAUAUCAAUAUGUUUAAGCACCGAUCCAAAAUGAUAGAUACAUAUUAACAAUGCACGUACAUAUGUUUUAUGUAGUCAAACAAAAUACAAAUAAUAACGUUGAUUCCUAGGGCGAGGCAAGGCAAGGCGAGGCGAGGAGUAGGUGAGGAAGCAGGAACGACAGAUUGGCUGGCAAUUAGCAGAAGCUACGAGUAGACAUGCAUUUAAAUUCAAUAGCUUCAAUCCCCUGAGGCUUAGACCGGAACGAAGCAACGCGAAACCAAAAUCAAUAUAUCUUUAAACAAAUCGUGACACACCUGAGAGAUCUGAAUCCUAGCAAAGGACACACAAUGCACAACACAAGUGAAUGUGAAUGCCAAGCGUUACUGUCAGGAAGGGAGCUUGAUGGAUAUUGGAAGAAAAUAACUAGAGAGCAAGUAGAGAUGAUGGAUUUUUAAACUUAUGUAAUGCAUGUAUUACCCAGCAGGAAACGCAACACACACACACACACGAGCACACAUUUAACUAAUCGAAUAAAUGUUGAAUUUAAUGUAUACUAAUAUAUAAUAUAUAUAUAGAUCGAUCGAUCUACGAUAUAAGAAUGUAAAACGCGGGAACAUUUCAGAAUGUGUGUUUAACCUGGAGCUUUGUUCAAAUCCAAAUCCAAAUUGAUAAUGAUAUAUAUAUGUACAUAUAUAUAUAUAUGUAUAUGAUAUACACCUAAAUAUACAGAGAGAUAAUGUAUGUAUGUAACUUAAGCCCAAGACAGCCGAUUGCAUUUGUUGUUUAAGUUUGAGACAUGUUUAUUGUUUAUAUGUUUAUUGUUAAGGACACGUGUUUACAUUUAAGUUUAUUUAUUAUUAGUUUAACACAUUUGUUAAUUACUUUUUACACACCAAAAAACUCCACCACGCAACACAUCACGUUCUCUAUGCAUUCACCAUGAGUUCCUCUCAUUAAAUGUUAAUAUUAUUAACUUUCAUCAUCACUACUACAGUAAACACUACACGACACAAACAACAGUUUUAAAAGGCUUUAAUUACUCCGAAAAUUUGUUAUGAAACCCAUUCAUGUAAACAGAGUUGAACGUUUGACCUACCAUAGCUACAUAUUAAAUUGUUAUUAAAAAACCUCUCAUGUAACCGUUCGAUAAAUAAUUUGUGUGUAUCCCCCAACAACAACAAAAAAACCAACACAAGAGCGUAAAUCGAAUGCGGGUUAAUCUAAGGAAAAAGCUAGCUUUGAACGCUUUGCCCCUUCCCAACUGAAACUCAAGCGACUCAGCAUACAAAAGCUAUAUGAAACAUCUUAGAAACUUUACCAAUGUAUCUAAUACCAUCGUUCUGUGGUGAUUCUGGUCGUUUUGAAAACGAAAGACACAUGUUCCAAAAGCGGUGCAAAUAAUAUUGAACUGUAAUACCCAACCAAAAUGAGAAACCAACACUCCAUUUUUAUUCACAAUGUUAUGUACAUUUAAAAUGUAAACAAAAAUGGAAUACUAAUGCACAAUGGAAAAACAAAAUAUGAACAAAAACAAUUCCCUCAAUAAAGAUUUUUGGAACCCCCC